UUACCAUCAAUGCCACAUAUCAUCAGUGCCACCUAUCAGUGCUGACAAUCAGUGCCACCUAUCAGUGCCAGUCAAUGCCGCCUAUCAGUGUGCAUCAGUGCCGCCUAUCAGUGCCCAUCAGUGCUGCCUAUCAGUGUGCAUCAGUGCCGCCUAACAGUGCCAAUCAGUGCCGCCUAUCAGUGGCAGUGAGUGCCGGCAGUCAGUGCCGCCUAUCAGUGCCAUAUAUGAGUGCUGCCUUUCAGUGCCCAUCAGUGAUGCCUGUCAAUGCCCAUCAGUGCCACCUACCAGUGCCUCCUCAUCAGUGCCACCUAUCAGUGUCCAUCAGUGCAGCCUAUCAGUGCCCAUCACUGCGGCCUCAUUAGCGCACAUCAGUGA